UCGUUGCUCUCCUCGGCAUCAUGAGAAAAAUAUUUUGUGUUUUAAUCCUUGGCCUCCUGGUAGCACAAAUUUGUGCUAGACCAGGGGACAAAGACAAAGGUGCCGCUGAAAAAGUCAAGGAAGCUGCAAAGGACGCCUCAAAAGUUGCUGGAGAUGCUAAAAAAGAUUCCGAAGAUGCCAAAAACGAUACUGACGAUGCUCUUAAAGAUGCCAAAAAAAAUGCUGACGAUGCUCUUAAAGCUGCCAAAAAAGCUCUAAAAGAUGCCGAAAAAGCUCUAAAAGAUGCCCAAAAAGCAGCCAAAGAUGCAGAAAAACAUAAAACCACACCGGCUUCAGAUGAUAGUGACGACAGUGAUGACGACUGCCCGUCAACAACCACGCCUAAGCCUAAACCGCAUCACAAAGAGAGACAUGGACAUCGCCAUCGCCAUAUCGCCGAGGUUCCUAUUAAUAUGGCUCAGGAGAUGGUGGAUGAAGGUUUUAGUAUAAUGGACGACGAAGUUGCGAGCAACAGCUAG